CUAAAGGAGGAGCAUAACAGAAACGCACAAGUCCCAACAGGAAAUAAAGAAAAAGGGGGACAAAGUUUUCAUACACCGAGUGAUCGACAGCAAGAGUGUGCCCUAAUAACUCCAGUUUCUUCUUCCUAAUUUAUCUUAGAAAUUAAGAAGAUACCCAACGUUUAGAAUCUGUUUUUUUUUUCUCUGUCUAUAUCUGGGAUUGAUUCCAGAAAACCAGGCGAUUCUUUGUUGGUUCAGAUGGGUUUCCCAGGGGAUUGAUCUUGUCUUCUGAACCAAUUGAAUUGACUUGUGGUCUAUUUAUAGGACACUUCAAAUUACAGUAUUGACGCUGAGGGAGCUGUAGCCAUCCUAUUUUCCUUUGUUGAUCAGCUUGUGCCACAAGAUUUUAGAAAUAAAUAUAAGAAAAAUGCAAAAGGAUCAGAGUUCCAGUGCUCCAUCAACUCCUUCUGCUGGGAGAGUACGACAGCGUAGACGCUCACAAGAGGCUCCUUUCGAGACAAGUAAAGUAAAUGGGGGUAAUUUACUUGUUAAUGAUCAAAACAAAUACAAGUCGAUGUUGAUUCGUGCAUAUUCAUCUCUGUGGAUGAUUGGAGGGUUUGCGCUUAUUAUCUACAUGGGUCAUCUCUAUAUUUGGGCCAUGGUUGUUGUGAUCCAAAUCUUUAUGGCAAAGGAGCUAUUCAGUCUACUCAGGAAAGCUCAUGAAGAUAGUCACCUUCCUGGGUUUUGGCUAUUAAACUGGCAUUUUUUCUUCAUGGCAGUGCUGUUUGUAUAUGGUCGCAUUCUCAGUCAGCAGCUCGUCAACACUGUGACAUCUGAUAAAGUUUUGUACCAGCUUGUGAGCGGUCUCAUUAAAUAUCAAAUGGCCAUUUGUUAUUUCUUAUACAUAAUUGGAUUUAUGUGGUUCAUUCUUACGUUGAAGAAGAAGAUGUACAAGUAUCAGUUUGGCCAGUAUGCAUGGACACAUAUGAUUCUAAUUGUUGUGUUCACUCAGUCCGCUUUCACUGUUGCGAGUAUUUUUGAAGGAAUUUUCUGGUUUCUUUUGCCAGUGUCACUUGUUGCCAUCAAUGAUAUUGCUGCCUACUUCUUUGGUUUUUUCUUCGGGAAAACACCCUUGAUCAAGUUGUCUCCGAAGAAAACUUGGGAGGGUUUCAUUGGAGCGUCUGUUACGACCAUGCUAUCUGCAUUUAUGUUGGCAAAUGUUAUGGGACGUUACCAAUGGCUUACAUGUCCUAGGGAGGAUUUAUCAACUGGUUGGCUUUACUGUGACCCUGGCUACCUAUAUAAACCUGAGAUUUUUUCUUUGGCAGGAUGGCUUCCUGAAUGGUUUCCAUUGAAAGAGGUGUCGGUUUUGCCUGUACAAUGGCAUGCGCUAUGUCUUGGUCUAUUUGCAUCAAUCAUAGCACCUUUUGGAGGCUUUUUUGCCAGUGGUUUCAAAAGAGCUUUUAAACUCAAGGAUUUUGGUGAUAGUAUCCCUGGACAUGGUGGUAUUACUGAUAGGAUGGAUUGCCAGAUGGUAAUGGCUGUGUUUGUAUAUAUCUAUCACCAAUCCUUUGUCAUACCCCAGAGUUACUCCGUUGAGGUUAUCUUGGAUCAGAUAUUGAGAAAUCUUAGUUAUGAGGAGCAACGGGCAUUAUAUACGAAGCUAGGACAGAUCUUCCUUGAGAGGCGAUUUGGUUGAUGGCAAAGAUGGCAAGAAGCGCACGACGAAUUUCCUAUCAUGUAAACCACAUCUUUCUUUAUUUCUUUAAAUGAAAAUGUUGUUUACAUGGUGUUGCAUUUUCUUUGUUCUAAACCCAAUUAAAGAUUGUAGGCAUGUAAAAAUUAAUUGAUUGGGGAAUCGUUGUAAUGUUUGAUACCCAACAUUCUUUACACAGGCUUUUAGUGUUAUUUGGAUUUGUCAUUUCUUUUCAUUGUUACUGUAAUUCUUCUGACAUAAAUAAUUUUUUCUUCAAGAGAAUAUAGCGAGAGAUUUUCUACCA